AUGUGGACAUUACUCAAGGUGGCGCUUCUCUGGACUCCUGUUUUAAUUAGGGGAUCUGCUGUGGAACUCAUCCUCAAUGCAGCAGCAGAAUCUUCACUUUCUGUGCUUAUAAUCCAGAAUGAUUACUGCCCGGACUCCUGGUUAAAGACAAUAUUUCGAAAUUUACAAAUUCCUUUAAUACUCAACUCAGCUGGCGGUUAUUAUCCCAAAAACCAGUACUUGGACAGAGCAUUACAUGUUAUUUGCUUGCCCGGACAUGAAGUGCAGCUGGAUCAGGAGCUUCUUCAGAAACUGGCCAUUUCUUUGGAGGAUUUCCCUAGCGAUAAGAAGGUAUUCUAUGUGGCCAACAGUUUGGCCAAUCGAACCAGAAUGGAAGCCCUACUGCAAACCAGCUACCAUCUGCGAAUUCCAAACCUAGUUGGACUCUUGGCUGCGGAUGAGCAUCUCUUCUACUACAGAUAUAAUCCAUAUCCUAGCUUCCGAACAGAGCAACGUCCUCUGCAGUUUUCGCCCAUCUUCGACCAGAGUUUUCCCAACAUGCAAGGUCAUCCACUGAUUGUGAUGCCCGACCAAUGGCUACCGCGUUCUAUUCUUUACUUGGACAGACGCACGGGUAAGCAGAUCCUAGCCGGAUCCGUGGGCCGCUUCAUCAACUUGCUGGCCUGGAAGCUCAACGCUACUCUGCAGCUUGCCCAGACGGUGACUCCCGGGCGCUUUCUCCAUGCCUCUGCCCUCCAGGAGCUGGGGAAGAGCCUGGCCAUAGACGUGCCGGCCAGUGUGUCGAUGUUGGAGCGAAGUGAGCAGUUGAUCCGCACCAGUUAUCCCCUGGAACUGACCCACAUCUGCCUGAUGAUCCCAGUGGCCAAAGAGAUUCCCCUGAAGGACAUAUACUUUCUUCUCAGCAGCGUUUCCAAUAUGCUUUUGGCCGUAGGAAUAGUUUUAGUCUAUGGAUUGGUUUUGAGCCUCCUCCGACAGUUGACAUCCACAGGCGAUGUCCACUUGGUGGACUUCCUGCUGAAUGAUAGAGCUUUACGUGGAGUACUGGGUCAGUCCUUCCCGAGAAGGGAUUGCUCCAGCCGGUGGAUAUAUCUCAUGCUGGGACUUGUGGGUCUUAAUGUGAGUAGUAUCUUUGAAGCGGCUCUUGAGACCAUGAUGGCGCAUCCUCCGCAAGAGUUUCAGGCCCGCAGUUUCGCUGAUCUACAGCGGACGAACAUUCCGUUGGUCACCACCGAAGAAGACUUGUACACGUUGGUGGAUCUGCAUCUGGCCUUGCUGGUGGUCAAUGUGAGUGAGUACCAUCACCUGAGGAACGGGAGAAACUCCAGCAGUGCCUACUUCGCCUCUCGAUUGCACUGGACUCUGUUCAGCGAGCAGCAGAAGCGCUUCAGGCGGGAACUCUUCAUUUACUCCAAGGACGCCUGCCUGUGGUCCUUGGCCCUGCUCUCGUUCCAGUGGCCGCAGAGCUCCUGCUUUGCCGAGCCCGUCAGCAAACUGAUCCUGGAGGUGAGGGCCAAUGGACUGUAUCAGUUCUGGGUGGGAAUGCAUCACUACGACAUGACGGAGGCGGGUUUGUCCAACAUGGAGGAUCCCAGUCUGCGAACUGAGGAGAAUACUGCACUGCGACUAAUGGAUCUGCAGUGGGUUUGGCUGGCCUACGGAACACUCCUAGCGAUUGCCUCGCUUAUGUUCCUGCUGGAAAUUAUCUGGUCUAGCAUCUCAUCUUAUAUUUCUGUUAUGUUUUACACAUUUAUUGGACAACUCUGA